AGAGAGAGAGAGGUAAAGACUGGACCUCUUCCCCUCCAGCCUUCUCUUGGCACUGGGAGGGGACUGUGGGGGAGCUAGGUAAUGAUUUGUCACUCCAAGGUCUUGGGGUUGUCUCUCUUUGCAAAGGAAACCUUGGCCAUGAUUGACAGCAGGGCUGUUUUGGCCUGUUCCAUUGCUGUUGACAAGUAAUAAUGAAGCUUUGUCAAGCCAUAAUGGAUAUGGAUAUGCCAGAUUAUGUCGAAUCCCUGGACUCCUCUUACACCAUGCUGGAGUUUGAAAACCUGCGGGUGCUGCCAACUAACACUGAGCCACGUUACCUCCUGCUCACCCAGCUGCAGAAUGGGUACCUGUUCCAUAAGGUUAGGGAAGUCAAAGUUGGUUAGACAUGAUGAAGCCAUACCAGCAGAGUCGACAAAUGCCAGCCUGCUAGCCAAUGGCAUCAGCUCCUUGUGCUCCAUCUGUGGGGAUCGAGCCACUGGGAAACAUUAUGGGGCUUCCAGCUGCGAUGGCUGCAAAGGGUUCUUCAGAAGAAGUGUCCGCAAGAAUCACGUCUAUUCGUGCAGGUUCAGCAGACAGUGCGUGAUAGACAAAGACAAGAGAAACCAAUGCAGGUACUGCCGUCUGAAGAAGUGUUUCAGGGCCGGGAUGAAGAAAGAAGCUGUGCAGAAUGAACGGGACAGGAUUAGUAUUCGCAGGAGUAGCUACGAGGACAAUGGAUCCCUGUCAAUCACUGUACUGACCCAGGCUGAGGCGAUGGCACAGCAGUACUCAGCUCUGAGUCCAGUGCACAGUGCUGAUAUUGCGAUGAAGAAGGUUGCAACCAUCAAUGAUGUGUGUGAGUCCAUGAAACAGCAGCUUUUAGCCCUUGUCGAAUGGGCGAAAUAUAUCCCAGCAUUCUGUGAACUUCCACUGGAUGACCAGGUUGUCUUGCUAAGAGCCCAUGCAGGAGAGCACCUACUCCUGGGAGUUGCUAAACGGUCAAUACCAUAUACAGAUUUUCUAUUAUUAGGAAAUGAUUUCAUCAUUCCAAUGCACUGCCCAGAACUGGAGAUUGCUCGCGUAGCCAUUCGAAUCCUGGAUGAGUUGGUAAAGCCCUUACGUGACAUCCAGGUUGAUGACAAUGAGUAUGCGUGCCUCAAAGCAAUCAUAUUUUUUGACCCGGACUGUAAAGGCCUGAGUGAGCCUGGGAAGGUGAAGAACAUGCGAUUCCAGGUGCAGGUCAACCUGGAGGAUUACAUCAACGACCGGCAGUACGACUCUCGAGGGCGGUUCAGCGACAUUCUUCUCCUCCUGCCGCCCCUCCAGAGCAUCACCUGGCAAAUGAUAGAGCAGGUCCAAUUCAUGAAACUCUUUGGCGUGGCGAGGAUUGACAGCUUGCUGCAAGAAAUGCUUCUGGGAGGAACCACUCUUGAUGUACAGUACCAAUCAGGACCUUCCAACCUCGACCUGGAACCUCUGCCAGGACACGCAGCUUUAACAAACAUGAGUUCUGUGAUUCACACAGUUCCAAACCCAUCUCCAGAAACAUCCCUUCCUUCUCCGUCUACCAGCACAGGAAGCGAAGACUACAAACUAGGCCCAACCGCAGGGCCAGAGGCCGUUGUGAAAAUACUGCCUCAGACCAUCGUACCCAAGCAAGAGAUUUUAUAAGGGACAGGAAAAGAAGCCAACAGCAAUACCCAAUGUCCCUAUGUAAAGUUAAACCAUCCCUGCUUUCUGCCAUGGCAAUGCCCAGCAAUUGCCUGCUUAUAACGAGAUCUGAUGACACCCUUUCCUGUCAGUGAUUAAAAUGGCACUGUCAUUAGACGGUGGCUCACCAAUGUUCUCUAUCAUCACCCUCUUUACUGGAGCAGCCUGGACUUGAAGCUGCUGUUCAUUUUAGAACCACCAAAGCUGUAAGCUCGUUGGAGCAGGGACUUCUUACUUCAUGUUUGUACAGCACUGGGGGGCUCUGACUACAGAAAUAUAAAUAAGUAUCUCAUUAGCAAUCAACAAUAGCUAUAUGAGCAUGCUAUACCUCAAAUAGAAACAGACCUUCUCACACUGCCUAUUAAAAGUUGAAGUAUAUGCCCAUCACUCCUGCUGUCCUUCAAGCUAAAUCUACAAAGCCUGUCUGAAGCAUAGAUCAGAGAUGCUCUUUAUAACCUACAGGAGAUUAUGGCUUCCUUAUGCCACACAGACCUGGUAUUGUACAAGAUUUUUAUGCUGUUAUUUACUAACAUAUAAUGCUGUGGAUUAUGAGUCACGGACCUUAAAUUUAGAUUAACCUGUGCUUAGGGCUGUUCAGGUUUCAAGAAUUGUUAUAUUUUAAUAGCUGAAGCCCAUAUUUGGUCUGUGCUAAACAUCCUGGGAAGGAGUGUUCUUUAUUCUGAUUCUAACAAACUUGCUGUACUAUGCAGGAGGCAGUAUUUGUUUAUAUAUCUGGAACCCAGCUACCGCAUUUCGAUACUUCCAUUAGGGCUUUUAUAAAUCUAAUGUGUUGGUAGGAGAGCUGAUCAUGACAUUGUAGGUAAUACUUGGGAACAACGCAACUGCUAAUAAGUAUAAGGAACCAACAAAAUAGGCUUGCCAAAAUAUUUGCUUGUACUAUGCACAUGCAAACAUCUUGGCUUCAUACUGUAUCUGGAAAAGUGACAGUUUUAAAACAUGAAGAUCCUUUCCCUAGCACGUAGAUAUAUAGUUUUGCUGUAGCUUCAUGGAGCAAAGAGUACACAAACAUCCUUUAAAAACAAAAACAACAACAAAAAAACUUCACAGCCCUGAAUUAUAGACUUUUUAUAUAUAUUAUAUUAUAUAUAUAAAUAUAUAUAAUAAUAUAAAUAUAAAAAGCAACUCUCCCAAGGAUCUGUCACUGAGCUAUAUAUUUUGAAAAAAUGUUAUUCUGUGCUAUUACAUCAUGGGGUAUCACGGUACUAAAUGUGUAAUUCCUAAGUUAGCCAGGCUCCAACUACUUCAAAUAACCAAUGUAUACAACAAAAGUAUUCUUAAAAAGCAGCCAAACACGACCUUAGUUGGCUGCCUACAUUGAUCAACAGUACAUUAAAGACCACUAACCGUAACCCUGUUUUUGUUUUUUACAUAGACAAAAGUUCACUGAACUUUUAACAGGCUUUUGGAGGAAUAGGAAUAAGCUCACAGUUGAAAAGAAUGAACUUGUUAUUAAUACUGCUGUCUUCCAACAGCAACUAGUUCCCCCACUUUAAUGAUUUGUGAGUCUUUUCCAGUGUUGCACAAAGACGGAUACUUAAGGGUUGAAUUUCUGCUAUGAACCCAAUUUGUAAUAUAACAGUAUAUGUACUUUUUGUUCCUCAAAUUUGCACUCUGUGAAAUUGCCUUCGAUGCCAAUAAGCUAGAAGAAUAUUUUGAUUUUAGUUUGUGCAAACAACCAACCUUUCAGUAUAAAAGAUGCAUUGCGUACAAACAUAGCAUUAUGUACUUCCAUUCCCCUCUCUUCCCCCAUGUACACAGAGCUCAUGUAUUGAUAAUGAAUGAAAUGUAGCUAAAUAUAAAUCUAUCAAGUGAGCAAGUUCCAUUCUUUGAAGAUUGUUAAUAUGGCAAUGUAUAAACAAAGCUCAGAUGGAAAGGCUCCACAUUCUGAUUUACUUUGUUUCUGCGAAUCAUUUUAGUAGCAAGUUGCUCAAGUUUCUGCACUGAUUUUCCUGAGCUUUCGCUAAAGAUUUUCACCCAAAGCAUAUAAAGGUUAGAGAAACAAACUGAUACUGGUAAGCAUGCAAGUAAUAUAUGCCAACCUGUUUAAUUGGACAUAGCCACAAAGUCACGCUAUAGCUUAUAAGCAUUGUGUAAUUAGCACUUCAUCGCUCAAUAGGAUGGAGGGGAAUAUUUUGCUAUGGCAACAUACUGAUAUUUGAUCUUAUAAAUACAUUUAAAGAAGAUAUCACAUUAAAUCUUUGCAAAUUGGUUGUUAGCAUCUCAUUACUAAAAACACUGUUCUUAUCUGUUAAAAAAAACCACUGCUCAGGGUUGGAAUGAUUUUUCACAAGGAAACACCCUCUUUGGCCUUUCCACACACCCCCUUCCCCCCACUUACCAAGAGCACAGGCCUUUCAAAAAGAAAACAAUUUAAUGUAUUUGUUAAGGUGUAUUCAAAUAUGCUUUGGUAGUUGUUAUAGCACGUGCUGUAUCAGAUUUCUGGAUUUUCUUUUUUAAAUAAAGGUGCAAGAAUGAA